UGGUAACAAAGUCUUCCGAAUACGGUGGAAGACCUAAGACCUACAGUUUGAAAAUGUUGAGCCUUGGCUUCAAGAACAUAGCUUUCAGUGACGGAUUGUCGUGGAAGAUUCAUCGACGUAUCCUUAUCUCUGCCCUAAGACAACACAUCUCCAAUACAGCCGUAAUUGAAGAGAGAGUGACUUACACGGCUUCGAAACUUCUGCGGAUUCUUGAGGAACAGCACCAGAAGGACUUCGAUCCCGCCGAUUUUCUAAACCAGUGCAUUGUGGAGGUCCUGGGACGAAUAAUAUUUGGAAACGGCUGGGAUCUUAGUGAUCCUCAAAUUAGUAACUUAAUCCGCAAAAACGAACUCGGUUUAAAGAGCUAUAAAGAAUUUCAAGCCAUCAUGUUCCUGGACUUUUUCCCCUUGAGCCAAUUAUUUCCUUUCAGUUCGCGGAAAAAAAUAUUCGACAUAUUUCUUUCUACUCUGGAGAUCAUCCGCCUUAAGUUGAGAGAACGAAUGGCAACUUUCGAUCCUCAGGUACCCGGUUCUAAUUUGAUGGACGCCUUACUGCAUGCCCAGAGGGAAGCUAUGGAAGAGACCAAAGAAAACAAGGCUUCCCUUUUCUCUGAAGACCAUCUGAUCAACACCAUACAAGACAUGUUUACUGCUGGCUACGAGACUACUGCGCAUGCACUGACAUUUGCGUUGGGCUAUCUGGUCCAGUACCCUUAUUACCAAUACGAUAUUCAGAAACAACUGGAUGACGUCGUUGGUCGACAUCGCAUGCCACAUCUGGAGGAUCGCCCUAGACUGCCUCUUAUCCAUGCGACUAUAAUGGAAAGCUUGAGACUAGGCAACGUUGUACCCCAAGCGUUACCUCACCGAGCUGUAGAGGACACUUCCCUUUGUGGUUAUCGAGUCCCUAAGGAUACCAUCGUGUAUCCGGAUACAGAAGGAAUUCACCUUGAUCCUGCUUGUUGGAAGGAGCCAAACCUUUUUAACCCUCAUCGCCACCUUGAUAAAGAUGGGAAUUUGAUGACGAAUCAAGGAAAUUUUUAUCCCUUUGGAGCUGGACGCCGUGUGUGUCCAGGCGAAACUCUUGCUAAAUUGGAAAUGUAUGUUAUCUUGUCUUGGAUGCUUCACAAGUUUACAUUUCUUCCGGAGGAAGGCAAGGGCUCACCUACGAUUAAGCAUCUAAGAGCAAUCACUCAGUAUCCAGCUCCCUUCAAGAUCAGGGCUAUGAAGAGAAACUGA